GGAGAGCGGAGACCGGGUAAGGGGGGCCUUGGGAGCCAGGGAGCCCUGAACCAGAGGGUCAAGGACCCCUGGACGGAGUAUUCCCCGGGCUCCCGGGACACAACAAGAUCAGCUGGGAAUGAAUGGGUCCUGGGCUUUUGGGAAUCUGAGUGGGGCAUCCCUUCCUCCGGGCGCCGGGCUGCACCCCCUUACCCUGGGCAGCCGCGGGGCCGUGACGCCUGGCGGAGGGGGCGCGCAUCUCGGCGCGCGCCUGUCUUCGCAGUGGCUCAUUCAUCGCCGCCGAGGCACGCCGUUGCCAUGGGGACGUGAUGCAGGCGCGGGGAGCGGGAGGGAGAGGGAGGCCCCGGGUGACGUCCGCGCUCUUCUCGCAGCUAGUCUCCCGCGGCCUCCCAAUUCUUGCCUAAUUUGGAAGAGAGCCGCAGCCCUUCUGCUGAUGCGCGCGCGCUGGCGCCUUUUUAAGGCAACUGGCGGAGUGGCGGCUCCACCAGAGCCUGGGAGCUGCCCCCGCCCCCGAGCCGCGAGCCCCGCGCCGGGCCGGGGAGUCCCCGGCGCCACACGCCCCCACCACCCCCAUCUUAGCGCCCCCCACCCUCUAUGGAGACAUUUCAACCAGGGAGAAGGGAGGUCCUGCCCUUGCCCCUCGCCCCCGCCCUGCUCCUCCAACAGGGGAGACUUCUGUCCAAACCUUGGAAGGAAACGAGAUGCCAGGCCUAGCGCCUUCGGGGAUCCUCUCUGGACAAGGCCACAGGGUGAAAACACCAGUCUGGACCUGGGCGGACUUUCUGGAAAAGCUUCUGGAUGCCACGGACUCCAAGACCAACCAACUAGGUUGCUGCUGCUUGUAAACAUCGCCUCCAUUGAAGGAUUCCUGCAGCCACCAGCUCUGGAACUUUCUAGAACCAAACCUUUCCCCAGACUGCCUACAAGGACCAAUUGGCCUCUGGAUCACUUCCUGGAGGCGUUUGACCGGGACCUGGGAGGGCAGCUGAGAAGUGCCUGACCAUUCUCAAGGAGCUGCGUGGAUUCCAGACAUCUCUGGGCCGGUCUCUGGACCGGGAUGGGGGACCCAGAGGUGGAGCCGAACACACAAGUAGCACUUGAGGGCUCCGAGGGUGGCAAGGAGAGAAGUUCCUGCUCUGGUACAGCCCUGGGACCUUGAAAGGUGCUUCAACAGAGCGUCCACUCCCAGCGCCUAGCCCUGGGACCUUGAAUGGUGCUUCAACAGAGCGUCCGCUCCCAGCGCCAAGCCCUCAGUGCAGAGGGGGAGACUCAGGCAGCCCUCAGACACAAUUUGCCAAGGUCGCACAGCAAGUCAGGGUGCCGCUAAGACUAGGACCUACAGCUCUGCCUCCUGGCCCAGGCUCCUCAGCACCUGGGCCCCAGAGGCCAGCCUGUGGGAGGCCCACAUGGCCACUGCACCAUGAACCAAGGAUCUGGUCUGGGUCCACCUCCACCAAGUGCUGGCCGUGUGUCACUUGGGUCACUCCACUCUCUGCAUUAGGUCUCAGUCAUCCAAGACCAUCUUUCAAGGGCCGUCACUCCAAUUAUGAGUCUGGGAUUUUCUGAAAUUGAGCAUUUUGGCCAGGCUGUGGGGGCCCUCUAUGGCUGCCUGUAAGACACUGCCAAGGGGACUUUCUUCCUUUCACCAGACUGAAGCUAAGAAGUGCUGGAGACAGCAGUUGCUUUAGCCACAGGCUGUGUAGACCACCUGAGGAUGACCUGGGGGUCUGUUUUGUGCACCUUGGAACCCAUCGGAUCCCUCCAAUGACACAUUUGUCCAGAGCAAGACAAGAUCACACUUUGACAGCCCUCUGUCAAGAUCCUUGCUCCAAAUCUCCAGACUAGCAGCCAGGAGUCUCCAUGCUGUUCUGAAGAAGCAGAUUCCUCACCCACCCUUCAACUCCUUCCCAGGAGGUAAUCCUCCUCCAAAUCUCUGGAAAAGAUACACCUCCUCUUCUCUGAUAAAGGCUGGAGGGUGAUGCCCCUCCCCCAGUUUCCCAAUAAAGCUAUGCAAGACAGGGGCAAGGGAUCUCACGGCCUGUUUUUGCUACAAAAACCCUUUUUCGGAAAAAAUAAUAAAGAAAGGAAUCAGCCAAUCCCUCCUCGAUGCCAUCACCUCUUCUUGGUGAUUUUUCGGGGAAGGAGUGGGUGGGUUGCUAUGGCAACAGAUGCGAGCUCGUCUCAGUAAAGAAGGGACCUUGAUAUUAUUUUCUCUCUCUCAUUCUCUCAGUUGUGUGUGUGUGCGUGCAUGUGUAUGUGCGCCUGUGUGUGUGUGCAUGCGCGCUACGCAUGCCUGUGCCCACACCAGGAAUUUUUUUUUUUAGAACUAAAGAAAGCCC